AUGUCUGCUCUUCGCACUGCUGCUGCAAACCAAACUCACCAUCUCAAGAGAUUAGGUGCUCGCUAUCAAUCACAAUUGGUAAAAACCGAAUUUGAAGCUGAACGUCAAGCUGUCAAAGUACAUGCUGCUGAAUCUGCCGAGACUUGGAAAAAAAUUACACUCUAUGUUUGUAUUCCUGCAUUAAUGGCUGCUGGCUAUAAUGCAUACAAUCUAUACAACAAGCAUUACGAGCACAUGAAGGAACAUCCAAUGGUAUGGGUCAAGUAUCCAUACAUUAAUUACAGAGGAAAGGAUUUCUUUUGGGGAAAGAACUCUCUCUUCUUCAACCCAAAGACCAACCUUGACGCUAACGAGGAAUAA